AUGAAGGAAAACACCGAGGUAAUGUGAGAUUGUGAGGUGCGUCUGCUCAUAAAUGUUGAAAAAUUAAAACGUAUAAAGAUUUUCUAUUUUUUAUCUAGGACAUAGUAAAUAAAGACCCAGAAAAUGAAGAUGUAUUGCUAAGACCAGUGUUCCGAAACAUUGAGCUUUGUGUUGGAUGGAAAGUAACAGGGCAAGAGCUUACCCACGACGCCAAUGGAAAAAAUUCCAAGAAAGCGAUCCUUGUUAACUGGGAGGAGCCCACAAUAGAAGACUCCUUCACCCAUGCGAGGAACUUUGCAACCGAUCUUACUACUUUGUUGUAU